CAGGGGGAUGAAGUCAACCUUUACCCCAAGAUCCGCCAUUUCAGCCCCUGAGUUUUACGUUGCAAAUUACUACAGAGAUUUCUUUUAAAACGCCUUGAUAAAUAAAUUAUAUAUUUCUGGUUGCAACAAUUCAUUCUUAAAGGGGGGGGACAGUAUUGUUUUGUGGGAGUCGGUUACAUGUAUAUAAAUAUAACGGUUUAAAGCGGUAUCAAUGCCGUGUAUUUUCCCGGAGCGUGUUAUACAUAGCUAAAGUUGUAUGAGUUGAAUCCUAGUUGUGGACAGGGAGAGGAAAGGGGAAGGCCUCGGAGUGGAUUUACAGUCAUGGCCGGGAAUUUUGAUGCGGAGGAUCGUGCUAGCUGGUACUGGGGAAGGUUGAGCCGACAGGAUACGGUUUUCCUCUUGCAGGGUCAGAGACAUGGCGUGUUUCUCGUAAGGGACUCUAUUACCAGUCCCGGGGACUACGUGCUAUCCGUCUCAGAGAACUCAAAAGUAUCACAUUAUAUAAUCAACAGCAUCAGCAACAACCGGCAAUCUGGAUCAGGUUUGGCCCCUCCGCGGUUCCGCAUCGGGGACCAGGAGUUUGACGCCCUGCCCAUCCUUCUGGAGUUCUACAAGAUCCACUACCUGGACACCACCACACUGAUCGAGCCCAUCAGCAAGGCCAAGCACACGAGCUUGGCGAGCUGUGCUGCCACCGCCCCUCCCACUGCAUCGGGCAGCGCCCCGCAGGAGGCAGAGUUUGUUCGCGCCCUCUUCGACUUCCCAGGCAACGACGAGGAGGACCUGCCCUUCCGCAAGGGUGACGUGCUGCGUGUGCUGGAGAAGCCUGAGGAGCAGUGGUGGAACGCGGCUAACCAGGAGUGCCGCGCCGGCAUGAUCCCCGUACCCUAUGUAGAGAAGUACCGGCCCGCCUCACCCACCUCGGUGGCGGGGGGGCCCGGAGGUGCGGGAGGGCCGUCGGGUGUUGGGGGCAGCACUACGGAUGGAGCAGCGCCCCAGCUGCCCCCGCCUCUGGGAGAGCCAGGCCAGUAUGCCCAGCCCAUGGUCAACACUCCCCUGCCAAACCUGCAGAACGGGCCCGUCUAUGCCCGCGCCAUUCAGAAAAGGGUGCCCAACGCCUACGACAAGACGGCCCUCGCCUUGGAGGUCGGAGACAUGGUGAAAGUGACCGAGAUCAACGUGAACGGCCAGUGGGAGGGCGAGUGCAAGGGCAAGCGCGGCCACUUUCCCUUUACGCAUGUCCGGCUGCUGGACCACCAGCACUCCGAGGACGAGAGCUGAGACACACACACACUUACACAGACACACUUCACAUAAAUCCAAUCCAUUCCUCCUCUGUGAUUUUCACCUACGAUCGAAAAGAACAUGAUAUACGGACUGGAGUGGUCAGAAGUUGCAACUCAUCCGCUGUUGUUGCCAAUGUGUGAGAGAGAAUUUAUUUAGAUGAAGUUCUCACUCUCACACACACACGGAAUAUAAUUUACACUUCUACCCCAGUAUUGAAGUCCUGAUACACUACACACACACAGCAGAGUUUACGCCCCCUCUCCCAUGUUUGGCAAGAAAUCGUCCUUUACACACGCAUUUGCCCGCACACACACACAUGCCCGCACACAGACCAGACGCUGGUGUAUAUGUGGCUUCUCGCACAGACUCAUGGAUCACCCUUUUGUAGUACAGGACAGUGAAUCUGGGACCUAGAAGAGAAGUGGCCAUACUGACUCCUGAUUGACUCCCUCUUGUGGAGAAGGACGCUAACUGCGACUGAAACCGACCAUUGCUGCACUCCACAGAUAGGACAAGUUACCACAGGACACCCAGCACAGGGGCCCUAACCAAGCCCCUCUGCUAAAAACUCCACACUACGAACCCCCAAGUCCUCUUUUUGUACUGAAAUUAAAUGGAAAAUAUGACGUGACACCAUUACAUACUAAAUAUUAUGUUAAAUGUUUUUUUUUGUGUGUUUUUUUUACCCUGUGCAUGAUCAGACCCUCGCCGCCCUGUGUGAUCACUGACUUUCUAAAAUGCUAUGAUGACUGUGUCUUGUCUGUGUCUGGGGAGUAAGUGGAGACAUUCCUUAGGACUGUAAAGUAUGGGGCCUUUGUCCAGUCCACCUCAUUGUUGUGAGAUAUACAAUGGCCAGACAACGGCUUAGUUUAUAAAUAUACCAAACGGAUAUAUUUGUACUCUCUCUCCUCUUACUUUGGUCUGCCCCGGUCCCCUCCUUUCCCAUCCUCUUGAUCUCCUCCUCCUGUCUCCCGGCCUCCCCCAUGCCAAAGACACUAGAUACACCUGCUGAGUAUGUGUUACUGUAUACAAAGGCCUUUUUGGCAGGUGGAAUGUGUCAACAUAUUUAAAAUGAUUCAGAACCUCACAUGGUCACAAUCAACACAAAGCCACAGCGUUAAUCCUUUGGUCUCUCCCCUCGUUUCCCUCCCAUGCGGACUGUAACAAACACAGUACAUACACGUUUUUAGAUGUACUAAAUUCAUUUCUGCUCGCUUCGUUUCAACUGGGAGCUCCGAGUUAGGUCUGGGUUGAGUUUGGUAAGGCACAGAGUUUAAAGUUUUUGUAACAGAAAACAAUAAUGAAAUGUUUCUUAUUGGACAGGUUCAGGUUGUACCUCCCCGUUUCAAAAUGUCUCUCUCCUCCCGACUGAACACAACCAUAGUCAUUUCCCUAGAGUCUCUCCCUUGGUGCCAAUCUGUCACCCUCACCCAGUACCUACCCUCUGGGCUCAGCUAUGAUACACAAAGCCACUGACAUGCCAGAUGCUAAACGUCAUCAUAUGCCGAUGACACCACAUUGCUAAAGGACUGUGGGUGAAAGGCACAUAGUCACUGGCCAAUCAUAGUAACAUGGGUGGGUGUGUGGACCAAUCGUAGGCAUAUGGGAGCGUUUUAGGCCAAUCGUUGUCAUUUAGGAGAGCCUGUUGAUUUGUCCCCUCUACCUCGUGUCUGAAAUGUUUUAAUUUAUAUAGAUUUUUUUCCCUCAGAAAUAUGAAAAUAACUGAUCUGAAGUGCAAUGCUCAGUUCAUCAGUAUUUUUGUGGAAAUGUUUUUUUUUGUUUCAAGGAGCAAUUAUAGCCAAAACACACUUUCCUUACUCCCUCAACUAUAUCCUGUGGUAUUUUGUAAAUAUGUGCUGGGAAUUAGCCUGCUAGGUGCACAAGUUUCACAAGAGCGCAAGAACCCCCCUUCCAACUAAAGGGUCUAAUGAAGCUGCAAGGCUUUAUAAUAACACUAAGUAAGCGUUAGACUAUUAACAACCCUGUGUAGAUGUUUGUUAAAGUUUAAAGACAAUAUGGCUGCUCUAUUGAAAGCAACACUGAGGGCAACCUGCAUAACUUGCGUUGACUGCAGCAGCAUUGUAUUUAUGAGACAAUGAAGAGUAAUGUCUAAUGGUUUUAUGCUCUGUGAUAUAAACUGAGGUCAGUGACGGGAGGAGUAGUAUGGCAAGAGGGUUAUUGCACUAUGACUUACUACAGAAAGCACCAGUGUUGUGUUCAUUAGGGUACAAUGUAGCAAAAUGUUUUGCAAUGGGGGGAAUCAGCGUUCUUAUUGGUCAAGUUCAGGUAGUACCUCCCAGUUUCACUCUUAAUGUUUUCUCCCUACUGAACAAGACCGGGGUCACUGCUAGAACCAACAACCCUUGUCACCCCUGUGUAAAAAUAUUUCAAAUCGUUUUGUGAAUUUGAAAUUAUGCAAUCUGUAAUUAGCAAUGACCGAGAAAGACUUGCACAAAUGAAUGAAUGUGACUGAAACUCAAACUGAAAAUGUGACAUUAAACUGCAUGACAGUU